UUAAAAAUAAAUUAAGAUAAUGAUGAAUAAGAAGUUUAAACUGUCUGGCUUGCAUGUAGUGUGUUCUCAUAUUUAUGAAAUAUGAGCUGAAAACCGAGGUAAGCAUUCUCUCUGUCCCCCAUAAACUUAAAAACAUGACCCUGGGAACAUGGAGAGUCAAACAUUCACAUCAGCACAAAAAAGAAGUGAGUUUACUGACCUACUAGAGCAGUCUGAGAGAUCCUUAGGAGAAAACUGUUUAAUGGAUCACGAACCGACACGAUACUGCAAAUGACAGGCAAAGAGAUGCUGGAAGUGACAAAGGUUUGAGAACAAAGAAAGGCUACAAAGUGUGAGGUUCGGAAGUGGAGUACUGUAAACUGAGUGUGAACCAGAGCAAAGAUGAAGAUUCGUGCUAUGCAGAUCUGGGGCUUCCUGUUAGCAGCACUGGGCUGGAUCUUUGUCUCCUGCACCAUGGCCAUGGAAGGCUGGAAGAUCACCUCUAUCGGAGGGCAAGGUGGGAGCUCCAUUAUGUCAGUGGGCUGGUACUGGUCCAGUCUGUGGAGGGCCUGCUUCACGGACUCCGCUUCCACAUCCAACUGCUACGACUUCCCUGUGCUGUGGUCCGUGGAAGGUUACCUUCAGAUUGUGAGGGCUCUGCUGAUGUCUGGGAUGGCUGUCGGAAUGCUGGGCUUUAUCCUGAGUCUUGUAGGGAUGGAAUGCACUUACAUCGGAGGAAAAGACAGAGAGAAGAACCGAUCCGUGUUCACUGGAGGCAUCUGUCAUGUCAUAAGUGGUAUGCUGGCUGCCUCUGGUUAUGCAUUUUACGCUCAGCAUGUUUCUGCACAGAAUUUCAGCCCCAGAUUUGAUGGAUUACAAUUUGACUUGGGAACUCCAUUGUUCCUUGGAUGGUCAGGAUGUGCUUUUCAGAUCGCUGGAGGGAUUUUUUUCCUAGUUUCAGUCUGCAAGAUCCGGUCUCAAACAUACAGCAGUGCGUCAGCUCUCAGCGUUCCUGUUGUGGAGAGCAAUGCCUUGCGUUCCUCUCAAGCAAAUAUUUCCAUCAUAUCUGAACUUUCCACAAAAUCCAACAUAUCAGCAAUAUCUGAGCUCUCCUCAAAAUCUGAAACAUCAGCUACGUCAAAUGCUCCAUCAAAGAAUACACGUACUUCCAGAACUGGACGUCCCUCAAGAUCAAAACACUCUGAUAAAUCAAGAGGCUCUGUCAGAUCAGAAGUGUCACGAUCAGUAAACUCCUCACGGUCCGCAAUGAUCAGCAGAUCACAUUUAAACAGCAAGAAAUUGUCCUCUCCAACUGGAGCCACUACACAUCUUUUCAUCAAGAACUCUUACCUCUGAAACAUUGAACUUGGAUUAUUGGAUCUGAAAAACACUGGUUCAGGAAAAAACACAUUGGAAAUGACUUCUAACGAGUUAAAACAUCUCAGGUUGUUUCUCUGAGAAGGGGAAUGUGACACUGCGUCUUGGUGUUGACGCAAUGGGAAAUGACUUCAGCGUGACUGGUGUCUGAAGCAUGUGUUCAUGCUAAUAUUCAUUGGUAGACGGAGCACCCCUGUAUAUAAAAGGGCACAUAAUUUACACGUCGUCAAUUUUUUGUGCCUGAAGGAGACACGCAGGCAAGCCUGAGGCAUGGCAACGAAACAUAGCAUCUCCAUACUCUUUUCAGGGAACGGGGAUGCAUACAGAAUCAGAGACGUUCCCUUUCAAAGUGGAACUUCGAUGCUAAAUCUUGGUGUUGAUGCAGUGGGGAACCAAUACCAACAAUCUACGGAACUAGGCCGGAGUCAAGAGAGCGUCAACCCAAAAGAUGCAUCCUAUGUGACUUAAAUAGUGGCACCAAUCCCUUAAGCCAGGGCACACAAACGCUAGGGCGCCUUACUCCCUGUUUCUGCGGGUCAGGCCUCAGCCUAGAUCCCCAAACAGAGCUGUUGGGGAAUACAUAACAUAGCCUCUCUGGUAUGACUCUUAGAGAGCAAUCUACCAAGGGGAGCAUGUGAGGUCCUGAAAACCUCAGUAAUUAGUACUAUCAGACUGAAAUACUGAGAAAGGCCCCAGACGAGGAGUGAACUGCUACUCGUUUUUCUAAGAUGCAGUCCAUCUCUACUCUGUCCCAGCUAACACCUUUAGCAUUGCCACCCAUCCCAGGGGAAGUACAAAUUCCAUACUGCAGAAAAUCAUCAGGGAGGGAGCCAAAUGAGAGAAAGGGACAUAUAACCAUUUACCCAAUAACUAUAAUUAACCAGGCUCUAUACUCCAGGGACGUCACAGGGGAACUCAGGCUCUAUUUACACCCCAAUUAUUAUUGUGGAGUGCGGCAAAGAAGAGAAUGGGAUGCAUAUGCAACCUACUUCAAAUCUCCUUUACCAAGCUUAUACACUGAGUAAAGGAAAUUAUGAGUAAAGGCACUUCCAAGACCUGCAUUAUCUAGCUAAUUCAAAUUCCACACCUAUUAGGUAAGGCCUAGAAAGUAACCCAUCCUAAGGGAAGCGCAUAUCCCUGCUUCAAACCCAACCAUAGUUGGGGAGGGAGGUAAAUGAAAUGGAAGGGUGCUUGCAGACUGCCUCCCAUAAUUCCAUUUACCCUGCCUCAACCUUAAGGAGGUAUCUGUCUUGAAGGAGCAUUUAGCCCUACUUAAAACUCCAAUUAACAAUGGGAGAAGGUGGAAAUAAAAGCAUGAUACACCUUCCUUACUGUCCAACAUAACGCAUACCUCUCAAGCAACCACAGGAGAGUGUAGGGGAGAAUAAGGAAGAGAGAAUAGGAUCUUAUUGUGUAUCUACAUCCUCAGUCUUAUAAAUUAGCUCUACCCUGGUGAAAGGUACUUUCAACCUAUUGUGCCUUAGCACCCUUGGGUUGGGGAUGAUCUGUUUUUUUUUCAGCGGCCCGGUUGUUUUUCUGACCACUUUUUGUCGAUCACCUUUCCUGAGGUUGUGCCUCCUCCUGGCAUUGCACCUCCUUUGCCCCCUACUCCUUGGAGGUGGGGCACAAGUGACCAUGCUUGCCUUCUGACCCUGUCUCCAGUUAUCCUUCGAUGGGUCAGGAGGAUUGGAGGUUGAGGGAGGUGAAUUGGAUUGGCGUGGGAUAUAUAUCCUGAAUGCUGCUGACUGUGACUUCACCUCUCUGAAAUUCCACACAACCAUCUCAACAGAGGUGCCAAAGCAUCCAUAGGGUGAAAUCAAAGCAUCAAGAUUGAAGGUUUUCUCACUCUCUUUGAUUUCCGAGAGGUUCAACCACAGAUGCCUCUUCAUAACCACCAUAGCCACCAUCGUACGACCAAUAGCUGCGGCCAUCUGUUUUGUGGCACGGAGGGCCGGGUCUGUGGUGCGGCGCAAUUCGGCGACCACUUAAGGGGACAAUUCCUGCCCCUGUUCCAAAUCUCUCAGCAGGGCAGCCUGAUAGGCCUGCAAAACCAGCCUGGGAUGGAAAGAUGUGAGCUGAAUAUGGCUUCUUCCAGGAUCUCUCCACCUCAGUGUGAAUAUCCAGAAGAAAUAGUGGGCUCAUGGGGGAAGGACAAUCAGAAAACAUUCGUUGAGACCUUUUCUCAAUUUCCUUCUGGCUCGACCUGCGAGCCCCAUGAUCAGAUCCGCAGUGCUGCCUCAGCAGCCACUGGAGCUGACCUGCAGUAUGCAGACGCCUGCCCCUCAUCCCUUGAGCAGAGGGCCAAGCAAGAGCGGAGCUUUUUCACUGUGAACUUGUCACAGUGAAUGCAUCCAACCCCCUCAUGGGUUAAUGUGAGUGCUGCGCUCCCAAGCAGACAACGCAAAGAUCAUGGGUGUCCUCAGGUGUCAUAAAUCGAGGACACAGAGGCAGGCACUUUCUAAAGCCCUUUCUGUGACAUAAUUUCAUGUUCCCAACAUGCGCUACAAACAAACGGCUCCUGAAAACAAAAGAAGAAAAGAAAAAAAAAAGGUGAUGACGUGUAACUCAGGCGCCUUUUAUGCACAGAUGCUCUGCGUGUGAUGUCACGGAUUGCCCUCUGCCAAUGAAUAUUGGCAUGUAUGCACACAUGCUUCAGACACCGGUCUUGCUGAUGGCAUUACCAAUAGUGUCAACACCAAAACACAGCGUCAAAGUUCCUCUUUGAAAGGGAACUGCGAUGUUCAGUGUAGUUCUUUAGAUAAUUUUUCCUUUAUUAGCUCAUAACAGUUGCGCCCCCUACAAAUGAACAGUGUUAAUACAAAUCUAAAGGAACUCUCCAGAUCAUGGAUGUAAAUGCAUGCAUUUUUGUAACAUGAAAUUAAAAUUGUUAAAUGACACGCUGCAUGGAAUCUUUUUGUGCAAAAAUGUAAAAUGCAAAUGAUUAUUUUUUUGAUGGUUCAUUCACUCAUUGAGAAAAGUAGAUCAUAUAUUUAUAGAGAGCAUAUUGCACAUGAAUUAAAAUGAACUGUGAAAUGUGGAACAACAGUUUGUGCUUUGUCAAAACUAUUUUUCUUCACAAUGCAAGAAGACAAUAAAAUAUUUUAAAGAUGUCUUGUCUUAGAAGUUAUUUUUUUUUUUUUUAUCCACUUCUCCUCUUCUCCAGUGCAAUGCAAGUAU